AGUUUAUAUAUAGCAAAUUAAGUGGAUAUUUCACAGCACAUUAAAAACACCAAACAGAAAUUGGGGAAAAGAUAACCAAAAUAAUCAACGUUUGUGUUCUUUUGCACUUGUCUAGAAUUUUUCUAAAAGGCUCAUUGAGAAUUUAGUAUGUUCAAAAGACCACAUUAUUGGUGAGACCUAUUCCUCUUCCUUCAGCCUAGAUAAUCAUAGUUUUUUUCUGUUUCCCCUUAAUCUACAGGCAGAUGCUGAGAACAAGACAUCCCAUGAUAUGGGUACCACCCUGCAUGCAACCAACAGCUCAGAGUUUCAAGUGUCUGAGUUCAUCCUUCUGGGAUUCCCAGGCAUUCAUGAGUGGCAGCACUGGUUCUCCUUGCCCAUGGCUCUGCUUUACCUUGUAGCUCUUGGUGCUAAUCUCCUCAUCUUGAUCACCAUCUACCAUGAGCCUAGCCUGCAUCAGCCAAUGUAUCAGUUUCUUGGUAUCUUAGCUGUAGUAGAUAUUGGCUUGGCUACCACCAGCAUGCCCAAGAUCCUGGCCAUCCUGUGGUUUGAUGCCAAGGCCAUCAGCCUCCCUGAGUGUUUUGCUCAGAUCUAUGCAAUCCAUUCUUUUAUGUGCAUGGAGUCAGGCAUCUUUCUAUGCAUGGCAGUGGAUAGAUAUGUAGCCAUUUGUUAUCCCCUUCAGUAUCCUUCCAUAGUCACUGAAGCUUUUGUAAUCAAAGCCACACUAUCCAUGCUUCUCAGGAAUGGCCUGCUAACCAUCCCAGUGCCUAUACUAGCUUCACAGAGACAAUAUUGCUCCAGGAAUGAAAUUGAUCACUGCUUGUGCUCUAACUUGGGGGUCACUAGUCUGGCCUGUGAUGAUAUUACUGUUAACAGGUUCUACCAGUUAGCUUUGGCCUGGCUUAUGGUUGGAAGUGACAUGAUUCUUGUCUUUACUUCCUAUGCAUUGAUUAUUCGCACAGUGCUGAGGCUGAAUUCCACUGAAGCAAUAUCUAAGGCCCUCAGUACCUGCAGCUCCCACCUCAUCCUCAUUCUGUUCUACUACACAGCUAUUAUUUUAGUAUCUGUCACUCACCUAGCAAAAAGAAAGGUUCCCCUCAUCCCUGUUCUCCUCAAUGUGCUGCAUAUUGUCAUUCCCCCAUCUCUCAACCCCAUGGUAUAUGCCCUUAGGACACAGGAGCUGAGGGUUGGCUUCCAGAGGGUGCUGGGCUUGAGUGAGUUUGUGUCUAGGAAGUAAAACUCACUAUAGAUGACAGAACACCAAAUGCAGUAUUGCAGAAAAAGAAAGCAUAGACUUUGAGCCCAAAAUACCGGGUUAAAAAUUCCAUUUCUCCCAAUUUCCAGGGGUAUUGACUCAAACUCGUCUACUUUGGAUAGUACAAUGCAUGUGCAAAGUACUGCUGGAAGCUUUUCGUAAUGUUCUCACUUCCUGUGACAUCCUCUGGUACAAGUAUAGUUCUUUGUAAGUUCUGCAGAUGUGGAAAAUGAAUAGAGAAACUUUACCAAGGUUAACUAAAAAGUUACAACAUGAGAUUUGAACUCAGAUAGUCUCCAGAGUCUCUGCUCUUAACCCUUUCUCUCCAUUCACCUCAUUACUAAUUUUAAAAAGGAAGCUAGGAUAGUAAAGCAAGUUAAAAUUAUAUAUUACUUUUAGUAAAAUUACAUUUAGAGCAUGGCAGUAGAUAUGAAUGCCAGCAACAGAAUACGCAGUUCUACAACCAUCAAGAAGAGGAAGGUGGAAGCUAGAGAGAUGUCUCAGAAGUUAAAAGCACUUGUUGCUCUUGUAGAGGACCAGGGUUUGAUUCCCAGAACCCACAUAGUGGCUCACAACUGUCUAACUGCUGUCCCAGGGGAUCUGAUGCCCUCUUCUGGGCUCCUCGAGCAUGCAUUUGGUACACAGAAAUACAUACAGGCAAAAACACUCAUAUACAAAACAUAAUAAAAUAAACUAAUCUAAAAAAUAUUUUUUAAAAAGAAGAGGAAGAUGUCUGUGACUACAGUUUCACUGAGGAACAGAAAGUGAUCAAGUCCAAGUUGUAGGGAAAAGGGGCUGGCUAGAGAAACCCACCCUGACCCUGGAGCCCAGAACUAGGGAAAGAUGGCUCAGAUCAGGGCAGAAAGAAACAUAGUUUGGCUCAGUCAGAUCAGAGCCAUCUCUGCCCCUGGCCAACUGACUUGUGAAACCAAUGAGUCACAGAGCCCUGGGGCCCAAGUCAACCCCUGGUUGACUCCACCCCCAAGACAUCCUAUGUAAACUACCCUGACUGGUCUGUUAGGCAAAAAAAAAAAAAGGG